AUGCUUAACGAAUCUAUCUCACCGACAUCUUCUACACCUUCAUCUCCACCCUACUACGUUCUAUCAUCUGACUCAGAACCUUCUGACCCUCAAUCCCCCCCACUAGCUCAACUUCAGGCUCGUGCUCUUACCUCACAACAACAACCUGAACCAGAAGCCAACACUCCACCACCUAAACAACCAAUUCCACCACCAUCUGAGCAAACACAAAUAUCACCUUCUGAACAACCACAAACACCACCAUAUGAACAACCACCGAAUCCACCACCUGAACAACCCACAACACCACCCUCUAAGACCCCCAUCUUACCACCCUCUGAAAAUGUUAUCAUCCCUACCUCUCCAACUCCCACUGACACUACCCAAACACCACCAACAUCUCCAUCCCCCAACCUAGAACCAGAACCUACCUUCCCCACCUUAGAAGAAGUAAUCGUUUUAUUUGCUGAGUCUUCAGUGGAGAAGAUCAGGUCUCUAUCUAAGAGAAGCAGAAGAGAAGCAGAAGAGAAAGCUCGCCCGAAAGAAGAGAAACGGGUUAGAGAAGCUACAAAGAAGGUUGAUGUUGAAGCUGUUGCUGUUGCGGCUUCUGCUGAAGCUGAGGCAAAAGCAAAAGCCGAAGCUGAAGAAGCAGUACGCAUAGCUGCGGAAGAAGCUGCAAAGGCUAGCGUUGAUGCUCUGACUCAAGGGGAGCAAUUAAACUCUAGCUUCGCCCCUCUGGUCCUGAAAACUCUAGAAGAACUGUAG